AUGCGUCUCUUCUCUGCUUUGGUGUCUUUGGCAUUGGCCGCUGUGGCCACUGCUUAUCCGAACCCCGGCAAAGUGACUGGCAAUGUUAACGUACAUGAUCCCACGAUGUGUAGGGAUAGUGCUGGGAAAUACUGGCUCUUCUCGACUGGUGUGGGCAUUGAGAUCAGGACAUCCACGGACCGUACUGCAUGGACAUAUGUAGGGUUGGUGUGGCCGAACGGCGCGCCGUCCGCUACAAACACCUACACGGGUACCACAAACGGGGCUCUUUGGGCUCCGGACUGCACCUAUGUUAAUGGACAAUUCUAUCUGUACUACGCUGCAUCCAGCUUCGGAUCGCAGAAGUCAGCGAUCUUCUUUGCGAAGUCGACGACCGGUGCCCCGGGCAGUUGGGUCGACGAAGGUCUUGUCACGUCCACCAAGUCGGGCGAUUCUUACAAUGCCAUUGACCCUAAUUUGCUCAUCGACGGCUCCACCUGGAGGUUGUCAUUGGGAAGUUUCUGGACCGGUAUCAAGGAAGUGACCCUAGGCUCCUCGACGGGAAAGCCGUCUAGCACGACCUUCACAUCGAUCGCACAACGCGGUGGGACGGAUGCAAUCGAAGCUUCGGCAAUUUGGAAGCAGGGCAGCUACUACUACCUUUUCACUUCGUGGGAUACGUGCUGCCAGGGGCUGUCCAGCACUUACAACAUCCGUGUCGGACGCUCUUCCAGCGCUACCGGCCCGUUCGUUGACAAGGAUGGAGUUGCGCUCACCAGCGGUGGUGGCACGCUUGUUCUCGAGACUCACGGCUCGAUCGUCGGGCCUGGUGGUCAGGACAUCAUGUCUGAUGCCGAUGGUGUCUUGCUCGUCUACCAUUACUACACCUCGACAAGCAGCCUGCUCGGCAUCAACCUGCUCGACUUCAGCUCUGGGUGGCCCGUGGCUUAUUAG